CCAGGACCUGAUAUCUCCUGGCCCAAAGGAUGGGCUUUGUUUUGGAGCUCAGACACAGGAACACAAGCCAGAGCGCUGAAUUCUGCAGGCGAUUACAGGAUAUAAACCACUGCCCGAAAGCAAGCUCCAGAGAACUUCAGUAACCUCCAGGAAAGCUCUGAGGUUAGGAAGACUAGCACAACCAAAGAAGACAUGAGGUGUCUGCUGGCAUCGCUGAUCGUGACUCUGACCCUGGCAAUGCUCUGCUGUUGUGAGAAUGAUCCCAAAGACACCUCAGGAUCUCCCAGUGCUGCCAGCAUCAAGAUUACAAAGGAAGUUGCCAAUGCCUUUGUGAAGAGGCAGAAAAGAUACCACCUGUAUAAACGGUUCUCUCAGCAUUAUCCAAAUUCAAUGGAGCAGUUGCAUGAGCGUUGUGAAAACUUCCCACCCUGUGGCUAUCUCGCUGACCAGAUAGGAUUUUCCAUGGCUUACAACCAUUUCUAUGGGAGAUACUAAGGAUGGGAUGGUCCCGUCAUUCAUUUUGCUUGAGACCAGCCUGAACCCCCCAGGAGAAAGAAAGUUGUGGGUGGGAAGGAAGGAAGAAGACUGAAGUCUUCUUCUUUUUCAUCCCUAGCCAGCUGGAAUGCCAAGGCAAUAAUUAUCUUACUUGUUGAGCUUGCAUUAGCUUUCUUCCUUUCAUCAGAAAUGUUUCUCUCCAGUCAUCUUUUACGGUAUUUUGAGCUUCACCAGAAGUGAUUGAGAAGACUCUGUCUUAACCUUCUUUCAUGUGAACCCUCACAAUUCAGUAAGUGAAAAAACUGUGAUUCCUCUCAAGAAAAACAGCGUAUGUCUUAGAAACAUAACAAGACCUUUUGUCCUCUUCCACAAAAUGCAGGAGGAUUACAGAAGGAGAAGGUCACAACAUGUGUAAAUGUGAUGGUUCUGAUCCCGGGAUGCUCACUUGGAAGAAGGCAGAAUGGCUGCCUCCUGGUACAAUGACUGGGAAAGUUCAGUAUUUUCAGGUAGUAUAAUCACCUUAAAUAUGUGCCAGUGUAGGAUUGUAAAGAUAGAAGUGUGGAAACACUACUACAUAGCCAGAAAUCAGGAUCUGGUAUACUUUUCUGAUUAUUCUGUGGCAAAAUUUGCCUGUAUAGCAACAACAGAUAAAUCCCAAAAUGUGUGUUUAAGGAGUCCUUUUAGAUGAGCCCUUCCAGCUGCAUUCCAUGGCUGUCUGUAAAAAGUAACUUGAAAAUCUCUUGGUUUUAUCACAAGUGUUUUCUGGUGAAACUGAAUAUGUCCAAGCAGAACAACAACAAAAAAAAUCUGUUCCUCUCUGAUGCUUUAGCAUUUAUGCUUGAAAGUAAAAGUGUCUAAACAGGUACAAAAAAAAAAAAAAACAAAGAAAAAAAAAAAGCAAUAAACUUUAUGAAAUAAAACCUAAAUUGGUUAAGGACGGAUUGAAGUUGGGUCAGCAUUUGAUUUAUUCAAGGCAUGUUGUAUCUUUCCCAUACAUCUAUUAAAAAGAAAAAAGAAAAAAGGUAUGUGCAUUUAUAUACAUAUCCUCUUCCUUCUGUACUACUUCAUUCUGUCCUCCGGUAUGAAUAUUAUAUCUUAACAACUUUUUGCAGCGCCUCUCUUGAUGUGUUUUGUCAGCCUUCCUUCCCUGAGAGGUGGAUGGUAGAUCCCAUCUCCAAGGACAGGGACUGCUCACUCUCAGGAGACCAAGAAAGACCAAAUCUCUCUGGUUGCGUGUAAGCUUGUUCAGCCAUCCCCAGCUGCUGACUGCAAUAAAUACUGCUUAUGUAAAGCA